AUGGGAAACACUCAUUUCCUUAUAGCUCUUACGCUGGUUGCUUUGUUGCCUCAAUUUGAGCUGAUUUUGUCUAUGAAAUCAACCACAAACCUCAAUUCAGACCAGUUAGCUCUUCUUGCACUAAAAAACCAUGUUGUUGUUGAUCCUCACUCUUAUCUAGCAACAAAUUGGUCUGUUUCGGCCUCUGUUUGCAAUUGGAUCGGGAUAACUUGUGGAUCCCGACACCGGAGAGUCAUUGCCUUGAACCUCUCUGGCAUGAAUCUCUCAGGCACGAUACCACCGCAUGUCGGGAAUCUAUCUUUCCUCGCCACACUCAACAUCGGAAACAACGGUUUUCACGGGUCGUUAUCUAAAGAGUUGUCUAAUUUACACAGGAUGGUAUCGAUAAACUUGACCAACAACAACUUCGACGGGGAAAUCCCGGCGUGGUUUGGAUCCUACACUCGACUUCAAAGCCUUGCAAUGUACGGUAACAACUUCACGGGCGGUAUCCCGUCUUCUUUAUGGUCUUUAUCGAAGUUGGAAAUGCUGCUCUUGUUCGAAAACAACCUUGAAGGUCCGGUUCCCGAAGCCAUCGGGAACCUUUCGAGGUUGAGACAGUUGUAUUUGAAUGAUAAUAAGCUUUUGGGGCCGAUUCCUCGGUCACUCUUCAACAUAUCUUCGUUAGUGGAGAUUGUUCUAAGCAACAACGGCCUCUUUGGUCCCAUUCCAUCACUCCCACUGCUCAAAAACUCUUCAUUGGAAACCAUUGAUUUAACGUUCAAUAACCUCACCGGCCAUCUCCCAUCGGAUACGUUCGAUUGUCUGCCGAAACUACGGUACCUUUAUUUGAGCUACAAUCAGCUUUCUGGCACAAUUCCGAUGAGCUUAUUCAAGAGCCAAGAGCUUGAAGAUAUAUCCUUAUCUAUUAAUCAAUUCGAGGGGAGCAUACCAAAGGAAAUUGGAAAUUUAACUUCUAUUAAGAGACUCUACCUCGGUUCAAACCACCUCCAAGGUGAAAUUCCACAAGAAAUUUGUAAUCUUGUGACUCUGGAGGAAUUAAGUUUGUCGGGUAAUCAGCUAAGAGGGGAUAUUCCUUCUUGUACGGGGAACCUAACACUUCUACAAGCACUCGAUUUUUCCAGUAAUACCUUGACAGGCGAAAUUCCAGAAGAGAUAGGUAAUCUUGCGAAUUUAGUAGAAUUGAGCUUGAAGAAGUGUGAUUUAAGGGGGCCUAUUCCUCGAACUAUCGGCAACCUAACACUUCUUCUAUUCUUCGACUUUUCCUAUAAUCACUUGACCGGCGAAUUCCCAGAUGAGAUUGUCAACUUGCAAAACAUAGAUGGCUUGUAUUUGUCAUCUAACAAUAUCUCCGGAUUCGCACUCUUCCAUCAGAUUGUUGGCUUCCAAAGCUUGAAAGGCUUAUCAUUGGAGGGAACCGCUUCACUCCCUUCCUCCAUUUUCAACUCCUCUCAUCUCAUUGAAGUUGAAGUAUCUGGGAACUCGUUUUCGGGCCGUGUCCCUGCUACCAUCGGCAAUCUAAGACGUCUCCGAUCGCUAAUUAUCGGGACGAACAAUUUCACCGGAGAAUCAUCAUCAUCUUUUUUAUCAUCACUGGCAAACUGCAAGGACUUGAGAUUCUUGGCUUUUGAGCAAACCCCAUACAUCAGUGAUGGUGCUGGUAGUAGCUUCCUGGUUUCACUGGGAAACCUCUCGGUUUCUCUUGAGAAUUUCAUUGGUUAUGGCUCCAAUAUCAGAGGCAGCAUUCCUGCAGAAAUCGGCAACCUUAGAAACUUGAUAAACUUCAACCUUGCCAACAAUGAGCUUGUUGGGUCCAUUCCCAAUACAAUCGGAAGAUUAAGAAAGUUGCAAAGUCUCUCUCUUCAAGUUAACAAGUUGGAAGGAACCAUCCCCUACGAGUUAUGCCAUUUGAGGAGUUUGGGUUUCUUGUAUCUAACGGGUAACAAUCUGACAGGAUCCUUACCUGCAUGCUUGGGCGAUCUCGUUUCGCUUAGAAAUCUCUACUUAGCAUCCAAUAACUUUGUUAACUCAAUACCCUCAACAUUGACAAGGCUUAUAUACGUUUUGCAACUGAACGUAUCUUCCAAUUCUCUAACCGGAGCUCUCCCGAUCGAUAUCGGAAACUGGAAGGUCAUUAAUACAAUCGAUUUGUCGGAAAAUCGAUUAUCCGGCGAGAUCCCGAGUAGCAUUGGUGAACUUGAGGAUGUGGCUUAUCUUUCUUUAGCCCGUAAUAGAUUGCAAGGUUCUAUACCCGAGUUAAUUGGAGGCCUAAGAGGAUUGCAUUUGUUAGAUCUUUCGAGGAAUAACUUUUCAGGAACUAUUCCCAAGUCCUUGGAGGGACUCUUGGAUCUUGAAUAUUUCAAUGUCUCAUUCAAUCGAUUACAUGGAGAAAUUCCCCUCCGAGGACCCUUUUCCAACUUCUCAAUUCAAUUGUGUAUCGGGAACGAAGAGUUAUGCGGCGGUGACACUCGACUGCAACUUCCAGCAUGCAAGACGAAGCUAUCUUCUAAUAAAGCUACCAAGCUUUUAUUAUGUAUCCUAUUGCCCACUGGCUCAACGCUAUUGAUACUAGCCUUAAUUUCCCUUGUUUUACGAUGGAGAAAAAGGAAGGCAAAGCUGCCUAUUGAUGGAGGGAAUUCGGAUGCUUUAGCAGAGUGGAGACGGAUUCCGUACCAUGAACUUCAUCAGGCGACGAAUGGAUUCUGCGAAAGCAAAUUACUCGGUGUCGGGAGUUUCGGAUCGGUAUAUCAAGGUACUCUUCUAGACAGACUGAACGUUGCUGUCAAAGUCUUCAAUUUGGAGUUAGAAGGAGCAUUCAAGAGCUUCGAGGUUGAGUGCGAGGUUUUACGCAACAUACGCCAUCGAAAUCUGCUCAAGAUCAUAAGUAGUUGUAGCAACCUUGAUUUUAAAGCCUUGGUGCUCGAAUUCGUGCCUAAUGGAAGCCUCGAGAAAUGGUUAUAUUCUCACAACUAUUUUCUUGACAUGUUGCAAAGGUUGAACGUAAUGAUCGACAUCGCAUCUGCUCUUGAAUACCUUCAUCAUGGUCAGACAAUUCCGGUAGUGCAUUGUGAUUUAAAACCCAGUAAUGUUCUAUUAGAUGAAGAUAUGGCUGCACAUUUGGGUGAUUUCGGCAUUGCCAAGUUGCUAGGUCAAGAGGACUCGGUCAUCCAAACCAUAACACUUGCAACAAUUGGAUAUAUGGCACCAGAAUACGGAGGUGACGGAAUUGUUUCCACAAAAGGCGAUGUCUACAGUUUCGGCAUUCUUCUUAUGGAAACAUUCACGAGAAAGAAACCGACCGGAGAAAUGUUCGUCGGAGAAUUGAGCAUAAGAAACUGGGUGAAGGAGUUGCUACCAUAUGCAGUAAUGGAAGUUGUAGAUACCAAUUUGGUAAGCAAUGAGGGAGAUAAAGCAGGCAUUACUUGUGCAUUAUCCGCUUUGCAAUUGGCGCUUGAAUGUUCACAUGAACUGCCAGAGGAGAGGAUCGGCAUGAAAGAAGUUGUUGCAGAACUAAAGAAGAUUAAAAUGAAGUUUUUAAAUGAGUCGAACCAGGUGAGUAGAUCAUAG